AUGAGCAUUCACAUUCGUGGGAAUUAUGCAUUGAUCGGAAACAAGAAGAUUCCCAUCGUCGAGUCUGACGAUGGAACAAUCUACUUCGCGGCGAAGGAAUUAGCGCUCACACUUGGUUAUACCAGACCAAACGAAGCCGUUACCACCAACACGAGGGAAAGGAUGAGAACAACGCUCGGAGAAAUAAGGGGUACGGUUACAAACCGUACCCCUUUUGAUGUGCGUGGUGGUGAACAGCCUAAUACAGUUUUUAUUACCGAAUCCGGUCUGUACAGACUCCUCAUGAAAUCUAGAUUACCGGUUGCUGAACAAUUCCAGGAUUGGAUAUCUGAAGACGUUCUCCCAUCCAUUCGAAAAACUGGAAAGUAUGCGUUGCCGGGAGUGAUGAAAGCUAUCGAUAACGUAAAGGACGAAGAAUUAUGUGAACUUAUAGGGGAUGAGCGAAAGGAAGCACGGAAAAAGCUUGUAAACAAAAGUAACAGACUUAAGGAUCCAGAAAAAGUUGAGUCUGGAAGAAAGGGAGGUGAAUCCACCCAGAAAAAAAUUAGGGAGACUAAGGAGGAAUUAGAGGAAAAAGAAGAGGAAAUCAUAAAACUUAGGAUUGAAGUAUCAUAUCUGAAAGGUAAAUUAGACGGACUCGAAGAAUAA